AUGAUUCCAGACAACGAAACUUCUGCAAUUUUAAAUGACAUCUUUCACGGAUACGAUAAAAGAGUUCUUCCAUUUGUCCAAGGACCAGUUCUAGUCAAUAUGACUAUUGUUCUGGGAAUACUGAUUGAAUUGAAAGAAAACCAGCAGCUAGCCGCAUAUGUGAUAUCCCACACUCAACGUUGGUAUGAUAAUCGUCUGAUUUGGGAUCCGAGUAAAUACAGAGGUCAACGAGAAGUCAUUGUUCCCCAGAACAUGGUUUGGAUUCCCAAACUUUUUGUGUAUAAUAGCUUGGAAUCCAAAGAUAUGCUAACCGAAAAUCGAGCGGAUGUCCGACUGUACCAUAAUGGAAGAAUCAAAAUAAAUAUCCCACAAUAUGUGCAAGCUAUAUGUCGAAUUCAAACUCAAGCAUUUCCAUUUGAUUGCCAGUUUUGUGCCGUUGCUCUAGCAUCCCCGCUGUUGAAUGUGGAAGAGAUGAUAGUGAAUGCAACGCAGCCCCCGAGGGAUUCUUAUUUUACUGGAAACGCAGAAUGGUUCCUUUUCAAUGUGACUGUUCGACACAUGACAUUCGAGGAAGAAGGAGAAUCAAGGGUGGAGAUCCACUACAUUUUCCACCUUCAACGUCGUCCGAUCUACUACAUUACUGUCAUUGUGGCACCAACCUUUUUGAUUUCCGCACUUUCUAUACUUGGUAUAUUCAGUCCUGGAUCAAAUGAUGGUCCUAGAAAUGAGAAGGUAUCUCUCGGUCUGGGAAGUCUUCUCGCGAUGACUGUUUUGUUGGGUAUCGUGGCUGGAGCGAUGCCAAAAUCAAAUGAUAUUCCAUUAUUGGGUUAUUAUAUUCUUGUGGUUAUUGUACUUUGUGCAGUAGCCGUGGGAAUAUCAAUGGCCUUUUUGGCAGUUAGCAGACAUUAUAUUCAGAAAGAGCAAAUGCCAUCAAAACGUCUCCUUCGAUUCAUGUUCCUGAACGAAUAUCGCAAGCGAAGAUCUACAGUUUUUCGUGGUGUCCAUAACUAUCGAUUCAGUCAGGAGUGUGAUGACCUAAUGUACUCAAAAGUGCCUGAAAUUCAAUCGAUAUGCAUGAUGAUGGAAGAAAUUGCGGAUUCCCAUAGAAGUAUGAGACGGAAAGCCGACAUGAAAGCGACAAGAAAUUGGAACGACUUAAGAUUGACCAUCAAUUGGAUUCCUUCCCUGAUUUUGGCGCUGACUGGCGCUGAAACUCUACAUUUUGCAUAUGCGCCAUGGGGACCUAUGGUUGGAGCUGCACUUCUUUCUAUGGCAUUCAAUUUCACAAUCANCUUUGGGACCUCAAUUGUCAGAAAUAUUUCAUACGUCUCUUCCACCUACACACUAUUUUCGAAUCCUUAUUUUUCUUCGCUUCACAGAGACGCAGAUAUGUCAACAAAACACCUAUUUCUUGCAAUAAAUUCUCAGAAUUUCGCAAUAACAAAGACUAAAGUACUCACGGUAACAGAGGAAAAUCAGAAUCACUCGAUGCUCCUGGACACUGCAUUUUUCAGACACGGAAUCUCAGAAAUUAAGUCGGAGAGGGAGCAGAAUAAUGAUGCCCAAUUUAAGCCUGUGACGAUCGAAAGAGAAUGGGCUCGCGUCUUCGCUCGAUUCGACUACUUUUUCCUCGUCGUCUUCGAAACUCUGAAUCUCUCCGCUCUUGCCGUUUUUCUUCGUGUCGCGUGGCUUCCAACACCCGAACUCAGGGAUCAGAUUCUAUAA